AUGGCCGCUGAGGACAACAGGUAUUGCUGCUAUGAUGAGCACCGGGUGGCGGUUCCGUUUGACGAGAUAUGUAUGUAUUCUGUAUGGUUGGCCGUCAGCUCGACGAUUGUUGUACGCUACCUUCCAGAGCGCGUCAUGCGUCAGUUUAGAGAGCAGAGGAUACCUCGCGAUCCUCGUGUUUCAGCUCCCAUCGCCAUGAUUCGUAGGCAGUUAGAUGAGGUCUUUGCAGACUGGGAGCAUCACAUGGUCCUUGAGGAGGCACGAGCGACGCUAGCAGAGCAUAAUUGGAGUUGUGUCGAGGGGUACAUCACAUGGUACUAUAGAGUCUCACAUCCAUACAUGCUUUCGGCUGCAGAGGGGGUUCUCCCAAACCAGCCCACGAGGAGAUUCUCUGUGCACAUCAUGUUAGUUGGACCACAUUGA